AUGGCAGGAGAAGUUGAUGUCCCAUAUUUAGGCUCAAUCCCGCUGGAUCCUAGAAUUGGAAAAUCAUGUGAUGCCGGAAUUUCGUUCUUGGAUGAAUAUCCUGAUUCUCCGGCCACUAGAGCUUACUUAGAUAUUAUUAAAGAAAUAAAGAAACAAGUGACACAUUAA